AGGAGCUCAAGGCAGAGCUGGCUGAGCGAGAGGGGGACUAGCCAGGGGCCCUGCAGAAUCACGGCGGAGGGGACGAUGGGGGAAUGUCGCGGGCGCUCCGGGGAGCCCGAGUUGCAUUGCGUGCGAAGGCGCUGAGCUUUGUGAGGAAGCGCUCAUUGGCUAGGCAGCCAGGGGGGUCCCCCAGGGCCCAAGGGCGGAAAGGCCGACUGGGCAGGAAGCGACCACAUGCCCGGCGGCCUCACUAGGAGCCUGUUUGCGCAGGAGCCCUAAGGUCGCCUUGGAGGGCGGGGUUCCCGAGAGGCGGGUCGAGGCGGCCAUGCAGGCGGCAGGAGCGGACGCAGGCGCAGGCGGCGGGGCGGGAGGUGUGGACAACGGCCGGGACGGCCAUGACUGCCUUGGUGGCCGCGGCGGCCCCGGCUUUCCCAGUGGCGCGGGGGCGGCCUGUCUCGCGCCCACGGCACGUCCCGGGGCCAGGCGAAGACGCUGCUUCCAAGAUUCCAAGGCUGGAAAGCCGAAUACACGUCUUUGCCCUCUGCGUGCCUUUCCCGUCCGGCUUGGAGGCGGAGAUCGCCUAUGGGUCCCUGGCCCCAGAUGCCGAACCCCACGGAGGGGCUGUUGAGAAGCAGCUCACAGUGAGUGGCAGCGUCAUGGCCGUCCGCUGGAGAGCUAAAGAUCCUCGCCUCCUCCGAAUUUCCAUCAUGACCUUUCUUGAUCAGCUUUCCCUGGUGAUGCAGACCAUGCGGCGCUUUGGGCCCCCCGUUUCCCGCUAAGCCUGGGCUGGGGAGAGGGGGCUAAGGCCUAACCUCUUGUCCCUUCCCAAGGCACUGCGUCCUUCCCUGGGGCAGUCAUCCCUGUAGUAGUAGCUGCAACGGUGUUAGGGGGGCCUGAGCUUCUGGUGUUAGGGGGGCCUGAGCUUCUGGUGUUAGGGGGGCCU